AUGACUAUCACCUUGUCCAGCACCAUCACCAUCACCAUAAACCAUCCCACCAACAUAAUCAUCACUACCACUAUAACUAUCACCAUCACCAACAUCAUCACCAUCACCACCACCAUAAUCAUCACCAUCACCAUCACUAUCACCUUGCCCAACACCAUCACCAUUACCAUCAAUAUCACCAUCACCAGCAUCAUCACCAUCACCACCACCAUAUUCAUCACCAUAACGUUAUCCACAGCCGUCAUCAUCAUCAUCACCAUCACAAUCACUAUCACCUUAUCCAACACCAUAAUCAUCAAACUCGCGAUCACCACCACCAUCACCAUCAUCUCAUCCAACACCAUCACCAUCAAGAUCAUCAUUACCAUCACCACCACCAUCACCAUCACCAUCACCCUCAUCAUCACCAACACCAUCGCUAUCACCUUAUCUAGCACCACCACGAUCACCAUCAACAUCACCAUCACCAUCAAGAUCUUCUUAUCCAACACCAUCACCAUCACUACCACCUUAUCCAGCAACAUAAUCAUCACCAUCACCAUCACCAUCACCAUCACCAUCACCAUCACCAUUACCAUCAACAUCACCAUUACCAUCACGAUCACCAUCACCAUCACCAACAUCGUCACCAUCACUAACAUCGUCACCAUCACCACUACCAUAAUCAUCACCAUCACUAUCACCUUAUCCAACCCCAUCACCAUCUCCAUCACGUCGCCAUGA